ACUAAAGUCCAUGACUCACAACAAUUGUGAUUCAAAGUCCGGCCCAAAUCAUGUCUAUAUCUACAAACAAAAAAAAAAAAUUCCAUUCCAAUUCCCAGAUAUAUCGCUGCCGCACUCAACGAUAUUACCAGAUCUCACAAAAAAGUUUGAAUAAAGAUGAUGCGUGCUUGAUUGAUUUCCUUCAUCAAGAUCCCCCUCGAAUUUAAUUUAUUUUAUUUUAAUUCAGAUGAUAUGGAACCAUCCCCACAAGAGGAUGUUGUAUGCCAGACAUGUGGCGAUAGAGGCAUCACUGAUGCUUUUGUGUAUUGUGGUCAGUGUCUUCAGGCUGUCAUUCACAGAUACUGUUUACUUGUUAUGCCAAAGACACGUGAUGAAUGUGUGAUUUGGCAUUGUGAAGACUGCAAAAUUGAGUUUUUGCAAUCCAAGAAAGUGGUCGCUGCAAAUUCAUUACAAGUAAAGUCGACCCAUCCUAAAAAGAAAGAAAAGAAAGAAAAGAAAAUAUCAUCCUUAAUAGCACAGACAGAAGAGCUAAUUUGUAAGGAGUAUAUUACAGAAUGUGAGGGUAAUUAUAAUAAUGAAACAAAAUGGGUAUUUCCUUCCCAUAUACCAAAGAAACAACGUACAAACAGGAAAAAGUUUGAAAAUUUCCUGAUUCCUAAGAAAAAGGAAGAUUACAAUGUCCAAAUUUAUGCUACAAAGGAUCAAAUAGAUGGGUCUCAGCCAUCUAAGCCAUCUUGUAAGCAUGAAAAGUUGAAUUCUGAUUCUCCACACAUGGAAAAAGAGUCAGAAAAAGCUACUCUUGAUGAAUGCGACGAUGGAACAACCACUAAUAUUUGUCAGUCAGUGGAUUCUAUCGACGGCGACUAUUAUAGAUAUGCACUUGCACAACCAGAUAUGGAUCCUAUUUGGAGGGGGGACAUCACUAUUCUUGGGACAAGUAAUGAUCUUCUUUUUAAAGGAUUUGCUGCCCACGCUUCAAAUAAAGCUUGUCAUCAGGUCAUUCAAGAAGCAAAAAUGCUACCAGCACUACUUCACCUAGAAAUGCUCCCCAAGAGUGAUCUCUGGCCAAAAAGUUUCAAGGAGUCUCCGCCAUCUGAUGACAAGAUAGGCCUCUACUUUUUUUCAGGAGAUCCAGUUAACGGAAAGGCUUACGAUCGCUUUGUUCGAUACAUGAUGGAUGAUGGGUUAGCAAUGAGAACCUCAACCAAAAAUGCGGAGCUAUUGAUAUUCACUUCUAUAUAUCUGCCUCCAUUGUUCUGGAGAUAUCAAGGAAAGUAUUAUCUCUGGGGAGUUUUUAAAGGAAAAAGGAAUGGUCAUACAUCACAAGAUCCUUCAAUCGAUAUAAAGAAAAUGCUGACGAGGGUGAAAACUUUGGAUGCUUGCAGUCCUCGAAGUCCUUUAAGCAAUAACGGUGAUAAUGGUGGUGUUGAUAUGGAUACAGAAUCUGGAGGUUAACCUGUUUGAGAAUUCGGGAACUGAACAUAGCAUAUGAUUCUAAACGUAAUUUAGGUAACAGCUAUAGCCAGUAUCUACAUGUGUUCUGUUCGUCAUCUGCCGACCAUGUAGUUGAAAUGGUUUAAAGAAAUCACCUCUUAGUUUAGAUUCUAAAACCCUUGAGUUUAACCUAACUUUUUAAGUAUCUUGUAUAGAAUUGUUCUCAAGUCUCUAGAACUAACCACUAAUUUGCUUUACUGUAAAGAGGCAUCAAUUGUUCUCAAGUCUCUAGAACUAACCACUAAUUUGCUUUACUGUAAAGAGGCAUCAACGUUUGUAACUUUGUUAGUAAUAGUAUCUUUUACAAAGUUGCUCAAAA